AUGUCCUCCGAAGAGCGCCUCUUCCGCUUUAGCAAGCCAGCAUGGCUCUCCAGCGUCCAAGCCCGUAACGCUGGCGUGUACCUGGCCGGCGGUCUCUUCUCCCUAGCAUUCUACAUCCUCCUCGACUCGGCCGUCUGGUCGGCCUCGCCCCGCAACGCCUCCCCCCUACACGUCAACUUUGUCGACUGGCUGCCGUUCGUCUUUUCCUCCCUGGGGAUGCUGAUCAUCAACUCGGUCGAGAAAUCCCGGCUGGCGUCGGAUAGUUUCUCUUAUUCCGGGUCGGGGGUGGCGUGGAAGGCGAGGGUGGUGCUGUUUCUGGGUUUCGCGGCGCUGGCGGGCGGGAUGGCGGGCGGGGUUACGGUUUUUGUGCUCAAGUUUGUCGUGCCGGGGGUGGGGAUGCCGGCGUUGGGGAUGGGGGUUGAGAAUGUGGUUGCCAAUGCGCUGGUGGGGGUUAGCACGGUUGUUUUGUGGGUGAGUCAGAAUAUGGAGGAUGAGUAUGCUUAUAAUUUGGCGCUUUGA